CGUACAUACUGUAUUAAAGCCUAUAUACAGUCUGUGACCUAUUCAUUAGAUCGAUUAGUUUAAGGCAGAUCGUUCACUAAGUGAAUAUAUUCAUUGUGUCUAUUGCUGCUCGAACAGAUUGCUCUCUUCUCUAACAAUAUAGCGCAUAAACUCGAGAAUGUCAGUGUUGUUCUCCGUGCUCGCCCUGGGUUGCGCGUUGCUCGUCCACCAAGCGGCGUCAGAUGACAAAGCCGUUUCUUACUCAGGUUAUCAGGUUUGGACAAUCACGACUCGUUCGAACGAAGAAAGCCAGCUCGUUUUGAAUCUCAGACAACUUUAUGGACUUGACGUAUGGCAAUGGCAAGAAUUUCAAUCCGCCGAUGCUCCAACCGAUCUUCUUGUUCCUCCACAACUCAUAAAGGAAUUGAAACUCAAGCUAAACGAGGCCAACAUAUCUUACGUAGUUAAGAUCGAAGAUUUACAGUCGGAUAUCAACGAUGAAAACCCGAAGGCCAACUCCAGUUCAUUCGAUACGAAAGCAGCGCACAAAAUGGAUUGGAUCAGCUAUCACCGUCUAGACGACAUUUACGGCUACCUGAAUUACCUGGCUGCUACGUACCCAAAUCUGGUCGAGUUAAUCAAUAUUGGCACGUCGUACGAAAAUCGGUCGCUCUACCUGGUUCGCAUCUCCAACGCAACGGCUCCCGACAGUCAACCGGCCGUUUGGAUCGACGGAGGAUUUCACGCUAGAGAAUGGAUUUCGCCCGCGCUUGCCACGUACAUUAUCAAGCAAAUCGUUGAAGAACCGGCCAAUGCGAAACUAUUGAACAACAUCGACUGGUACAUUAUGCCUGUUGCUAAUCCUGACGGAUACGAGUACUCACACGUGAGGAGCCGACUUUGGCGUAAAACUCGGUCGUUAACAACAUCAGCCAGGUGCCUUGGUGUUGACCCCAAUCGUAACUUUGAUUUUAAGUGGGGAGGUUCAGGCUCGAGCAGCAAUCCUUGCUCCCAGGUAUUUAAGGGAUCGAAAGCCUUUUCCGAAGUGGAGACCCUUGCCUAUUCAAAGUUUAUCAUCAGCAAAUCUAAACAAAUCAAACUCUACCUAACGCUUCAUAGUUACGGCCAAAAACUUCUCAUUCCUUGGGGUUAUAAUCGAGAGUAUCCGUCUAAUUUCGCUGACAUGUUGGCACUUGGCAAUUGCGCCGCUUCAAAAUUCAAAAUAUUCAAGUACGGUGUUGGCAAUAAAGUCGACCUUCUCUAUCGUGCUGCAGGGAACUCUGCAGACUGGGCCAAGUCGAUUGGCAUCAACUACGUCUACACUGUUGAACUGCCUACCAGAGGGUUCGUUGUGCCCGCCUCCAACAUUACACCAAUAGUUCAGGAUUUUUUCCCUGCCAUCGAUGUCUUUGCUACUAAAAUAGCCACCCUAAAAGUUUAAAUGUUCUACGUCCCCCCUUUUUCACACAUGCAUUUUGGUGAGGUUUAGCGUGCACAGCACUUCCUUUUUACUUGAUACACCUAUAAGCAAAGCAAUAAAUAGUAUAAAAGUCUU